AUGGAGCAAAGGCACUCGGCACAGCUCGGUAACAACAUGCAACAAUGCGACCGGUGUGGACAUUUGAAACGGCAACAGAGAAUUCGUACAAAAGAGAAACCCUGCAAGUCCACUGUGUGCAAAAAGGCAUUUGAAUGCUCAUCACACCUUCGGAACCACCAGAGAACACACACGGGAGAGAAACCCUUCAGGUGCACUCAUUGUGAGAAAACAUUUGCAUGGUCAUCGGUUCUUCAAAUACACCAGAGAACACACACGGGAAUGAAACCCUUCCAGUGCACUCUUUGUGAGAAGGCAUUUGCAUAUUCACAUGCUCUUAAAAUACACCAGAGAACACACACGGGAGAGAAACCCUUCCAGUGCACUCUUUGUGAGAAGGCAUUUGCAUAUUCACAUGCUCUUAAAAUACACCAGAGAACACACACGGGAGAGAAACCCUUCCAGUGCACUCUUUGUGAGAAAGCAUUUGCAAAGUCAUCGGUUCUUAAAAUACACCAGAGAACACACACGGGAGAGAAACCCUUCCAGUGCACUGUGUGCAAAAAUGCAUUUGCAUGCUCAUCACACAUUCGGAACCACCAGAAAACACACACGGGAGAGAAACCCUUCCAGUGCACUCUUUGUGAGAAGGCAUUUUCACAGUCAUCUGCUCUUAAAAUACACCAGAGAACACACACGGGAGAGAAACCCUUCCAGUGCACUCUUUGUGAGAAGGCAUUUGCAUAUUCACCUGCUCUUAAAAUACACCAGAGAACACACACGGGAGAGAAACCCUUCCAGUGCACUCUUUGUGAGAAAGCAUUUGCAAAGUCAUCGGUUCUUAAAAUACACCAGAGAACACAUACGGGAGAGAAACCCUUCCAAUGCACUCUUUGUGAGAAAGCAUUUGCACAGUCAUCACACCUUAAAUUACACCAGAAAACACACACGGAAGAGAAACCCUUCCAAUGCACUGUUUGUGAGAAGGCAUAUUCACGGUCAUCCUCUUUUAAAAGACACCAGAGAACACACAAGCAUCAGAAGAUCCACAAGGAGUGGAGUCUAAAAUCUGUUUGUGAAAGUCAAAGUGCCGCAAUGAGCCCAUCACUCCUGAAACAAGAUCUGGAAGAAAAACCCAGCUUGGACACUUUGAAUGUUGUGAGUCGCUGCUGCUGCUGCGGCGUCCUGGCGUGA